GCCAUCAUCAUCAUCAUGAUGUGCGGAGGACUUGGAGGAGGCAAGCCUGCCGACGAAGAGACUCAGAGCAUCUGCGACAAAGUGAAGCCUCACGUUGAGCAGAAAGCUGGCAAGUCUUAUGAUGUCUUCACUGCCAAGACUUACAAAGCACAGGUGGUAGCUGGGACUAACUACUUCAUCAAGGUGCACGUGGGGGGAGAGGAUCACGUUCACAUUCGCGUCUUCAAAAAGCUGCCGUGCAAUGAAGGAAAAGAUCUGGAGCUGAGCAGCAUCCAGGAGUCUAAGAGCCACUGCGACCCCAUCGAGUACUUCUGAGAGAGAAAGCGUCUGAAUGAUUGUUUUUCAGGAACCAUCGUUAAAAGCACACUGCUGUGUAUGUUCAUGGCGACAGGGAACAUCAACAGUGUAGUACCAGAUGAAUUAUACAUAUAACAAUUGGGACUUCAUUUUCAUUCAUUCAUUCUCAAUCGUCACGAGGGUUAUGGGGACUCUCUUUUCUCUUUGUUUGAUCUUUAGUGGAAUGAAAUCAAAGAUUCUUCUAAAAAAGUGAAAUUAUGUUGGGUUGAUAGGAAAUUCUUUUAUAAUAUCUAGCCAGUAGUGAAGGGGUGUCCCAUGUAUGGUCGGGGGGCGACUUCAUUAUUGGCCCCUGGUAUAAUUUCAAAGAAAAAUGGAGAGCAAAAAGGUGUAAAGUAAGGAGAAAAAGAUGAAAUGAUCCUGAUUCUACAAAGCUGAUGAGCAGGCUGUUUUUCCCCUUUAAAUAUGUAACAUGUUAGCAUUGGAAUGCUUUUAGCCUUUUGUUUUCGUCAAUAAAAUUCCUAGAUUCAAAAUGUGA